UGGCUCAGGCUACUCAGUCACAUUUCAUCAAAAACCUCUAAGGUAUACAUCUAUCAGUGCUCCACUGUCCUGUGGAGCCGGGGGUGAACCAGGAUGAGAUCCUGCACAGAGGACGCUACAUGCAGCCGCAACAACAAUAGCCCCCUCGCCCCUCUGGAUCCCAGCCUGGAUGACAGGGAGGUCCAGCGGCUUGGAGCUGGAACAACACUCGACCAACACAAGACAACCGAGAGCCACCACCUCUGAUGUCUCCUGCUUGGUAGGCUUUUCCGAGGGACCCGGGCUGCCAUGCUCCUGUCAUUUCUCAUGUUACAGAACAUCAGUCAAACGGCACAGACGGUGCCCUUGCGCCGGCCCAAGCUGAUUUACAAACAUUAGCGGGGAAUACAAUUACACAGCCCCCACGGCCGAGCAGCCCUAUGCGGCUUCAGGAGAGAGCAGAGGAGGAGGGAGGAGGGGGUGGAGUGGACACUGAAACCUGCGUUUAGCUUUCCCGACCUUAUUUCGCCGCUUGCUUCAGGAAAACAAGCGUAUAUCCUGUCAGCACUGUGGUCAACUUUCAGCUCAGAGGGCUGAGCCGUCGUCUCCGGACCCGACAUGCUACCGGGACUGUGACACAAACAAACUGCUCACCUGCCACAUCCUCCGCUAUCGGCACCCAAGAAAGCAAAGAGGAGAGCAGAGGGAGGCGGCUCUAAUGUCUUCUCCAUGUUUGAACAGGCCCAGAUCCAGGAGUUCAAAGAAGCUUUCACUAUCAUGGACCAAAACAGAGACGGUUUCAUUGAUAAGAAUGACCUGAGAGACACUUUUGCAGCUUUAGGCCGUUUAAAUGUCAAGCAAGAGGAGAUUGAUGGGAUGCUGAAGGAGGCUCCCGGGCCAAUUAAUUUCACAGUCUUUCUCACUAUGUUUGGAGAGAAACUAAAAGGUGCUGAUCCAGAGGAGACCAUCCUCAAUGCUUUCAAAGUCUUUGACCCUGAAGGAAAAGGAAUUUUAAAGAAAGACUUUCUGACAGAUAUGCUGACAACCCAGGCAGACAGGUUCUCUCCUGAAGAGAUGAAACAGAUGUUUGCAGCAUUUCCUCCAGAUGUAGCAGGAAACCUAGACUACAAGAACCUGGUCUAUGUCAUCACACAUGGUGAAGAAAAAGACCAAGAAUAAAUCAACUGUUCCUGAGAUUUUCUGUCUGAGCAUUUAAUUCAGUUAUGUUUGUGCCCAGAUAUGUGCAUGAUCACUCACACUACAGCAGAAACACAAACCUACAAAUAAUAUGUUCAAAUUUCAACUUCAAUUUUUUCCAUAAAUGUGCAUUCAUAAUUCAUAAGUAUAAUUUGUACAUGUAUGAUUAUCAUCACACUACAUGAUGAUGUAGUAGUUGAAAUGAAACAUUAUAU